AUGUUGCUCGCCGAGGAUCCAGCAACGCUGAUCCACCACACCAUCAACAACUUCAACAUCCAACCCGACAAGACAGCCGUCUCGCGAAUUACCGAGUCCCUCUCGACACUGCAGCAGGCCCGAGAGCUGCGUGUGCGCGAGGCCGAGGCGGCGCUAAAGAAGCUUUCGCGACAGCUCAGCACACUAUCGUCGCAGCACGACGAACUCGCGGCGGCGUCAUCGUCGGCCGACCACGCCUCGCACAUCGCUACGCUCGACACGCAUAAAUUCCGCACUGCCAAGGCUGCGUCCGAUGCCGAGGCUGAGGCCGAGCGGCUGGCUACCCAGGCAGCCGACCUCGGGGCACGGCUGCAGGAGCUCGACCUCCAAGGUAUCGAGGGCGAUGAGGCGGCACGACCGAGAGACCCCGUCGACGACGAGGUUCUUCUGCGGUUAAAGGUCUACCGAAGCCUUGGCAUCGACAUUGAGCGCGACGGGAAGGAUGGCGAUUGGACCAAGGCGGUAGUGAGGAACGAUGGCAAGGGGGACGUGCACGUCGUCAACAUGGACAGGAAGUUUUCGCGCUUCUUUUAUGCAAACUAUUUCUGGAAAACACUGGGAGGUGCUGCCCCUCAAUCGCCUUGA